AGGCUUUAGUCCCUUCCUCUUACUUUACACCUAAUUCAUUAAAAACUUUCUUACCUAAUUUUCCUUCUCACUUCUACCUGAGCUUUUUUUCUUCUCUCUCCAUUCAAACAAGACCUUGUCGUCUUAGGUUGUCGGCAUGGAGUCAGACGACGACAUGGUUGAUGAUUCAGUCUCGAUGGAAGACGAUUUUUACAGCGGCGAUUAUAGCGACUAUUACGACGACCCUAAUGAUAACGACAACGAUUAUUGCUCCGACGAUGACGGUGAUUACGGUUUACUUGAAGACGACGACGACGAUGAUCAAGACGCCCUCGUUUCUCGUCGCCCUCAGCUAGGUUAUACUGUUUUGAAUGAAGCAGAUAUAAAACAACGACAGGAGGAUGAUAUUUCUAAGGUUUCUACUGUUCUUUCAAUAUCAAGAUUUGAUGCAACCAUUUUGCUCCGUCACUAUAAUUGGAGUGUCAGUAAAGUGCACGAUGAAUGGUUUGCUGAUGAAGAAGGAGUACGACAAUCUGUUGGAUUGUUGGAGAGACCAGUUGUUCAAUUAUCCAAUGCUAGAGAACUCACUUGUGGGAUUUGUUUUGAAUCUCUUCCGCGUGACUAUAUUACCUCAGCUGCUUGUGAUCACCCUUUUUGCCGAGCUUGCUGGGGAGGCUACAUUAGCUCAACCAUUAAUGAUGGUCCUGGAUGUUUAUCGCUGAGAUGUCCUGAUCCAUCUUGUAAUGCUGCUGUUGGCCAAGAUAUGAUUGAUAAAUUGGCAACUUGUGAAGAAAAGGAAAAGUAUUCUCGUUAUCUACUCAGGUCUUAUAUUGAAGACAACAGGAAGACCAAGUGGUGUCCUGCACUGGGGUGUGAAUUUGCUGUUGAUUUUACUGUCGGCAGUGGAAAUUUUGAUGUUUCCUGCUUAUGCUCAUAUAGCUUUUGUUGGAAUUGUACUGAAGAACCUCAUCGUCCUGUUGACUGUAAUACUGUGGCAAAGUGGAUUUUAAAGAAUGGUGCCGAGUCAGAAAACAUGAAUUGGAUACUAGCUAAUUCCAAACCUUGUCCCAAGUGCAAACGGCCAAUUGAAAAGAACCAAGGGUGUAUGCAUAUGACAUGCACACCGCCUUGUAAAUUUGAGUUCUGCUGGUUAUGUCUUGGUGGAUGGGCAGAACAUGGUGAGAGAACUGGUGGUUUCUAUGCUUGUAAUCGUUAUGAAGCAGCUAAGCAGGAGGGAGUGUAUGAUGAGGCUGAAAGAAGGCGAGAAAUGGCAAAGAACUCCUUGGAGAAAUACACUCAUUAUUAUGAACGCUGGGCUAGCAAUCAAUUGUCAAGACAAAAGGCCCUUUCCGAUUUAAAUCAGAUGCAAACUGUGCAACUUGAGAAGCUUAGUGACUUGCAAUGCACGCCUGAGUCUCAGCUUAAGUUUAUAACAGAAGCAUGGCUUCAGAUAGUUGAAUGCAGACGAGUUCUCAAAUGGACUUAUGCAUAUGGAUAUUACCUUCCCGAGGAUGAGCAUGCUAAGAGACAGUUUUUUGAAUACUUGCAAGGGGAGGCUGAGUUCGGUUUGGAAAGGCUUCAUCAGUGUGCUGAGAAGGAAUUAAAUAAAUUUCUUAGUGGUGAUGGCCCAUCGAAGGAGUUCGAUGACUUUCGUUCAAAGUUAGCUGGGCUAACUAGCGUGACAAAAAAUUACUUUGAGAAUUUGGUUAGAGCACUCGAGAAUGGCCUUUCGGAUGUUGACUCCCAGGCUGCUGCGGCUUGCAGUAAGACAACAAGCUCAAAAAAUACGGGAGCGACUAGUAAGGGGAGAGGUGGGAAGGGAAAAGGCGGUUCUAAAACUGGUGGUUCAAGCAGAAAUGUGGAUGAUACGAGUAAUUAGUCUUGUAACUGCUGUUCCUUCUAGUUCUGGGUUCCAUAAAUCAUUGCUCGAUGAAAACACCAGUACUUUGUUUCUUCAGGGAGCCUAUCUUACUUCGGAAGUGUGUCCUUUUGCUGUAUAUAUAUAUGCACACAUAGUACACUAUAUAUAUAUAUAUAUAUAUAUAUAUUAUAACCUGCCAACUUGGCUUUGUUACUUAGUAUAUGGUAUGCUAUUGCGUGUUUAUAGACAUUGAAUGCAAAUAUGUUCAUUUAGGGAAGUUAAAUGUCAUCAUCUUAGAUUAUUGUCCUGUAAUUAGUUAAUCAUAAUUUAAUAAAACUGUGUAGGAUCUAA